CUGAGGUAACAAGACUAAUGAAGGUCCGGCCCUCCCUAGUACAGGAGGCAGGUAAACGGUCGUACUGUGACAGAUGCUCCAAUGUGGAUGUGCUUGCAAAGGCUAGGGACAGCGCAGGAGGAAGGAGCAAUCCAUUCUGCCGAGACUGUGAGUACCAGGAAAGCAUGGCAAUGGGCCUUGAAGGAUGAGGAGUUUGCCGGACACAGAGACUGAGGAGGGCAGCACGAACAUGGCAACCGGUGUGUUUCUCAUCCCAGAAGGAGAAGACUUUAGCCACUGUGAUGCCUGAGAAUCCAGUGAGUGUGACGUUUCUCCAGGUACUUCAUGCUGUUCGUCUCUGUCCUCGCCACAGCACUGGUGCACACGACUCCUGAACCAUGGGGGAGAACGAGGAUGAGAAGCAGGCCCAGGCGGGGCAGGUUUUUGAGAACUUUGUCCAGGCGUCCACGUGCAAAGGUACCCUCCAGGCCUUCAACAUCCUCACACGACAGCUGGACCUAGACCCUCUGGACCACAGAAACUUUUAUUCCAAGCUCAAGUCUAAGGUGACCACCUGGAAAGCCAAAGCCCUGUGGUACAAACUGGAUAAGCGUGGUUCCCACAAAGAGUAUAAGCGAGGGAAGUCGUGCACGAACACCAGGUGUCUCAUUGUUGGGGGAGGACCCUGUGGCUUGCGCACUGCCAUUGAACUUGCCUACCUGGGAGCCAAAGUGGUCGUGGUGGAGAAGAGGGACACCUUCUCCAGGAACAACGUGCUACACCUCUGGCCUUUCACCAUCCACGACCUUCGGGGCCUGGGAGCCAAGAAGUUCUAUGGGAAGUUCUGUGCUGGCUCCAUCGACCAUAUCAGUAUUCGCCAACUACAGCUCAUUCUCUUCAAGGUGGCCCUGAUGCUGGGAGUUGAAAUCCAUGUGAAUGUGGAGUUUGUGAAGGUUCUAGAGCCUCCUGAAGAUCAAGAAAAUCAAAAGAUUGGCUGGCGGGCAGAAUUUCUCCCUGCAGACCACUGUCUGUCAGAGUUUGAGUUUGACGUCAUCAUUGGUGCUGACGGCCGCAGGAACACCCUGGAAGGGUUCAGAAGAAAAGAAUUCCGUGGGAAGCUGGCGAUUGCCAUCACCGCCAACUUCAUAAACAGAAACAGCACAGCGGAGGCCAAGGUGGAAGAGAUUAGCGGUGUGGCUUUCAUCUUCAAUCAGAAAUUUUUUCAGGACCUUAAAGAAGAAACAGGCAUAGAUCUUGAGAACAUUGUUUACUACAAGGAUUGCACCCACUAUUUUGUCAUGACAGCCAAGAAGCAGAGCCUGCUGGACAAAGGUGUCAUCAUUAAUGACUACAUCGACACAGAGAUGCUGCUGUGUGCGGAGAACGUGAACCAAGACAACCUGCUCUCCUAUGCCCGGGAAGCUGCAGACUUUGCCACCAACUACCAGCUGCCAUCCUUAGACUUUGCCAUGAACCACUAUGGGCAGCCCGACGUGGCCAUGUUUGACUUCACCUCCAUGUAUGCCUCAGAGAACGCGGCCCUGGUGCGGGAGCGGCAGGCGCACCAGCUGCUCGUGGCCCUCGUGGGUGACAGCUUGCUUGAGCCAUUUUGGCCCAUGGGUACAGGCUGUGCCCGUGGCUUCCUGGCAGCCUUUGACACAGCAUGGAUGGUGAAAAACUGGAACCAGGGCACCCCUCCCCUGGAGCUGCUGGCUGAAAGGGAAAGUCUCUACCGGCUAUUGCCUCAGACAACCCCGGAGAACAUCAACAAGAACUUUGAGCAGUACACGUUGGACCCAGGGACGCGGUACCCAAACCUCAACUCAAACUGUGUCCGGCCCCAUCAGGUGAAGCAUUUGUACAUCACUAAGGAGCUGGACCACUAUCCGCUCGAGAGACUGGGCUCAGUGAGGAGAUCUGUCAGCCUCUCUAGGAGGGAGUCAGAUAUCCGGCCAAGCAAGCUCCUAACCUGGUGCCAGCAGCAGACAGAGGGCUACCAGCAUGUCAACGUCACUGACCUGACCACAUCCUGGCGCAGCGGCUUGGCCCUGUGUGCCAUCAUCCACCGCUUCCGGCCUGAGCUCAUCAACUUUGACUCUUUGAAUGAAGACGAUGCUGUGGAGAACAACCAGCUCGCAUUUGAUGUGGCCGAGCGAGAGUUUGGGAUCCCUCCAGUGACCACGGGCAAAGAGAUGGCAUCUGCCCAGGAGCCUGACAAGCUCAGCAUGGUCAUGUACCUCUCCAAGUUCUACGAGCUCUUCCGGGGCACCCCGCUGAGGCCCGUGGAUUCUUGGCGCAAAAACUAUGGAGAAAAUGCUGACCUCAGCUUGGCCAAAGCAUCCAUUUCUAAUAACUAUCUCAACCUCACAUUUCCAAGGAAGAGGACUCCACGAGUGGAUGGUCAAACCGGAGAGAAUGACAUGAACAAACGGAGGCGGAAGGGCUUCAAUAACGUCGACCAGCCUUCAAACUUUUCCAGCCGUAGCUUGGGCUCCAAUCAAGAGUGUGGGAGUAAAGAAGGUGGAAAUCAGAACAAAGUCAAGUCCAUGGCGAAUCAGCUGCUGGCCAAGUUUGAGGAGAGCACUCGGAACCCCUCACUCAUGAAGCAGGAACGCCGUGUCUCAGGGAUAGGUAAGCCCGUCCUGUGCUCUUCCUCUGGCCCUCCUGUUCACUCUUGCUGCCCCAAGCCGGAGGAGCCCACACCCAGCCCGUCACCGCCAUUGAAAAGGCAGUUCCCCUCUGUGGUGGUGACGGGGCAUGUGCUCAGAGAGCUCAAGCAAGUGUCUGCUGGCAGCGAGUGCCUGGGCAGGCCCUGGAGAGCCAGAGCCAAGUCUGACCUACAGCUAGGGGGAACAGAAAAUUUCGCUACCCUGCCUCCUACCCGCCCGAGGGCACAGGCUCUUUCCGGGGUGCUGUGGCGGCUGCAGCAAGUGGAGGAAAAGAUUCUCCAGAAGAGGGCUCAGAACUUGGCCAACAGGGAAUUUCACACAAAGAACAUUAAGGAGAAGGCGGCCCACCUUGCCUCCAUGUUUGGACACGGGGAUUUCCCGCAGAAUAAACUCUCUAAAGGCCUGUCUCAUACUCAUCCUCCAUCUCCUCCCUCUUGCCUUCCGUCUCCUGAUCCAGCUGCUUCUUCUCCAUCAACUGCUGACUCUGCUUCUCCUGCCAGAAAGGAAAAGAAGUCACCUUCAGGGUUCCAUUUUCAUCCCAGCCAUUUGAGAACAGUGCGUCCUCAGCUGACGGUAGGGAAAGUGUCCAGCGGAAUAGGGGCUGCAGCUGAAGUCCUGGUCAAUCUGUACAUGAAUGAUCACAGACCUAAGGCCCAGGCCACCUCUCCAGACCUGGAAUCGAUGCGAAAGUCAUUUCCCCUGAACCUGGGAGGCAGUGACACGUGUUACUUCUGUAAGAAGCGUGUGUACGUGAUGGAGCGGCUGAGUGCCGAGGGCCACUUCUUCCACCGGGAGUGUUUCCGCUGUAGCGUCUGUGCUACCACCUUGCGUCUGGCCGCCUACACCUUUGACUACGACGAAGGCAAAUUUUACUGCAAGCCUCACUUCAUUCACUGUAAAGCCAAUAGCAAACAACGGAAGAGACGGGCAGAGCUGAAGCAACAAAGAGAGGAGGAGGCGACAUGGCAAGAGCAGGAAGCCCCUCGGCGAGACACUCCCACCGAAAGUUCUUGUGCCGUGGCCGCCAUUGGCACCCCGGAAGGCAGUCCCCCAGAUGAGCCCACCUCCCCCAAGAAGCCGAAGAGCAUCUCUGAGCCACAGUACAGUGAUGCGGAAGGAGACGCCGCCUCUCCCCUGCCCUCUGAGUGGACCUCGGUGAGGAUCAGCCCUGGGGAGGAUGCAGCUGGACAGGAUGUGCUGGCUGUGCGUGUCCUGGUCACCAGCGAGGAUAGCAGCUCUGACACAGAGUCUGACUAUGGUGGCUGCGAGCCCUCCCGCCCAGAGCCCUGUGAAGAGAAACCCCGGUCAGCACCUUUGUCUCUACCGCAUGCCUCCCUGAGGAAGGCCCUGAGCAGAGUGGUCUCUCCACAGUGCCCUGAGGAGCCCAAAGCUGUGCAUGCAGCUCUGCAACGUGCCAAUAGCUUCCAGUCUCCAACCCCAAGCAAAUACCAGAACUGGAGGAGAGAAUUCCGGUCGAGUUUGACGCCAGUGAACAAAAGAACCAUGUCACCUCCAAAGGACCCUUCUCCUUCUCCUCCUCUUCCUUCACUGUCUUCUCGUUCAUCUUCCCCAUCAUCUUCUGCAACCAGUGUUUCUGGGAAUGGUUCCUCCCUGCCUCAGCUGACAGCUUCGGAGCCCCUCUCACAGGUCUCAAGAGGUCAUCCAAGUCCUCCCACUCCAACCUUUGGGAGGCGAGCCAUAGCCCAAGGGGCACCCAGGGAAAUUCCCCUGUAUCUGCCUCAUCACCCAGAGCCAGAGUGCGCAGAGUGCUGCCUGGGGAGCCCUGAUGAAGAUGGCAUCUCAGACCCUGCAGAGAUGAUUUCUGUUGAGUGCCAGCCAGCAGAGGCCCCUCUUGGGGACAUCAGAAGCAAGCACAGAGACCCACACCCCAUCUGGGAGGACAGGUGCUUGCCAGGCCAAGAGCUGUCUCCCUUGGCUGGAGAAGACCAGGAAAAAGGGAGUACUGAAACCAGGAAGGAGGAGGAGGGAGGGCCAGUGCUGGCAAAGGAGAAGCCAGGCCUAAAGAAGUUAGUCCUCACUCAGGAGCAGAAGACCAUGUUGUUGGAUUGGAAUGACUCCGUCCCUGAGAGAGUGCACCUCAAAGCUGGGGAGCGACUUUCCCAGAAGACUACUGAGAAUAGUAGAGGAGGCCGUGUGCUAAAACCAGUUCGCCCCUUGCUGCUCCCUGGGGUGACAAGAGAGCCUCUGCCAACCCAGAGAGGGGCUCAGGAGGAGACAGGGACCCCUGCAGAACAAGCUAAAGGGGAGCGAAGCAUGCCUCCACCCAGGUCCCCACUCCGGCUUAUAGCCAAUGCCAUCUGGAGGUCCCUAGAGCCCCUCCUUCCCAACUCUGAAGGUGGGAAGAGGGCCUGGGCCAAGCCAGAAUCCAAAACUUUGCCCACACACAUCAGCACUCGCUCAUUCAGCCUUCGGAAAACCAAUUCCAAUAAAGACAGGGACCAGCAUUCCCCCGGGAGAAACCAGUCCUCAGCCCUUAGCCCUCCUGGCCCUGCCCUUCGCACCCAUAGUUUGCCCAAUCGGCCAUCGAAGAUCUUUCCUGCUCUCACGUCCCCACCGUGCAGCAAGAUUGAAGAUGUCCCCACACUCCUCGAGAAAGUGAGUUUGCAAGAGACCUUCCCAGAUGCUUCUAGGCCUCCAAAGAAAAGAAUCUCACUUUUUUCCUCCCUCAGACUCAAAGACAAAUCCUUUGAGAGUUUCCUUCAAGAAUCCAGACAAAGGAAGGAUAUCAGGGAAUUCUUCAGCAGCCCCAAGAGGGAGGUACCGCCUGAAGACCGUGCACAGGCCCUGGAGAAGCUGCUGCAGCCUUUCAAAGGCACCUCCCUGUGCCAGGCAGCCCCUCCUCCUCCUCCUCCUUCUCCUACAGCUGGAGGUGCAGACUCCAAGAACUUUCCCCUCAGAGCACAGGUAACAGAGGCUUCCUCUUGUGCCUCUUCUACCACCUCCUCCUCUGCAGAUGAAGAAUUUGAUCCCCAGCUUUCCUUGCAGUUAAAGGAGAAGAAGACACUUAGAAGAAGAAAGAAGCUGGAAAAAGCAAUGAAGCAGUUGGUUAAGCAAGAAGAAUUGAAAAGACUCUAUAAGGCUCAGGCCAUCCAGAGGCAGCUGGAGGAGGUGGAGGAGCGGCAGAGGGCUUCUGAGAUCCAGGGUGUGAGGCUGGAGAAGGCAUUGCGAGGAGAAGCAGCAGAUUCAGGCACACAGGAUGAAGCACAGCUUUUGCAGGAAUGGUUUAAGCUGGUUCUGGAGAAGAAUAAAUUAAUGCGAUAUGAGUCGGAGCUCCUAAUCAUGGCCCAGGAACUAGAAUUAGAAGACCAUCAAAGCAGACUGGAGCAGAAACUGAGAGAGAAAAUGCUCAAGGAGGAGAGCCAGAAAGAUGAGAAGGAUUUAAAUGAAGAGCAAGAAAUAUUCACUGAGCUGAUGCAAGUGAUUACGCAAAGGGACAAACUUGUCAAUUCCUUAGAGGAACAACGUGUCAGAGAAAAAGCAGAGGACCAGCACUUUGAAAGCUUCAUAUUCUCCAGCGGCUGUCAGCUGAGCAGGACUUGAGGAGGCUCAUGGUCCCUCUACCUGGCUGCAAGCUGGGACCGGAUCAGGCCAAGUGCACUGCAUACCCUCACGGGUCCUUCUGCAGGAUUAAUAAUCCCUGGAACUUAAGUUACACCUUAGUGUAUUUGUUAAAAUUAAAAUUCUCUUGCACGCAUGGCAGCUUCCCAUGGUCCUUCGAGAGAUUAUAAUGAAGAAAACCCAAAGACUCUUUGGAAAUUGGCAGUCAGCUUCCGCCAGGCUCUCAGAAGUGUUGUUGGCAAAUGACCAGCAUUGUUUUCCUUAGAAAGUGACACAAAGACUUGACUUUCCUGCUGCUUUUAUCAUUUUUCUUCCCAAUUCAUUGAGUUACAUACUUUAAGAUUUUGAGAAGCUGCCUUUCCACUAAUAUAUCCAUAUUUGCCUUUUUUAUAUGGAUGACUGGUUUCCAAAUGUCAGAAAGAAGCAGCCGCAGUUUAAAGAUUAGGUUAAUAUUUAAAUUGUGUUUCCAGAGAAAGAGGAGAAACCUUGAGAUUACUGAUUACAUAAAACAAAUAACUCAUAUAGCAGGUGUUAAUUCAAUCCAGGGUGAAUUUAAUUUACCAGAUGCAUUUGUAAGCCUUAAUAUAAUAUACAUAAGCAAUGAGAGCUUAAUAGAACAUUUGAGCCUUUAUUUUAAGAGGAAAGGAAAUAAAACUUUAACUUUAUGCCAGUGGGAUUGUUAGUGUUCACCAAACACUGCUGGCUUAGAAAAGCUUUUUGUCCCCAUGCUACUCUUUUUAUGCCUCCCUGGAAAAUAAUAAAAAGCAUUUUCAGAAAAGGAAUAAUUUUAAAGUACUUUAAAAUAAGUGUUGAUGAUGGCAAAAAAAAAAAGGGAACUUAUUUGAUUUGUUGAUAAAAUAUUCGUGAGGUUGGUGCUGCUACUGAGACUGAACAUGCUAGGGUACAAGAGAAGGAAUGCUUCUUGCUAGUGGUCUUCUUAGACCCUCCCACUCCCUAAGAACUCUACAGAGCAAGGACAGAAUCACUUCUUACUUAGAGGGAGAGCUGAAUGCAGUGACCCUAUUUACCACAUCCCAAACUCAGUCACAUUUCAGUUUGAAAAGAAAACUGGAAGAUGGAGUUUCUGUCCUGACUUGUUAGAAUUCCUGGGGCCUUUUGAUGGUUCCCAUGGGGGCCAAAGAAGAGAAGAUUUAAUAUGGUGAUGUGUUGUCAUAAAACAUUUGAUUGUUUUUGCUCACUGGGAUUCUUUGAAGAUUGUUAUUGAUAAGAGAAACACUAAAGAAACUCUUGGUUAUAUAUUUGGCUGCUCUCAUUUUGGCAAGUGUUUAAAUGUGUCAUUAGACAAAAGGUGCUCUACAACAGUUGGCUCUGACUGGAGACCAAAGUUCUCUCAAGUUGAUCCGUGAACUGCUUCUGUCAGAGAUGCUCUCUGCGCACACCAAUCUGGGCAGCUGACAAGCCAGAAAUUAGAUGUAUAACUGGCUUUCCUCUGAGUCAGCCAAUGCUUUGGGUUAUAUUUAAGCACAAUCUUUCUAUGUUAUACCAAGUUCCAAAGGUUGUAGUUCUUUUUUUUUUCCUUCCUUCCUUCCUUUUUUUUUUUUUUUAAAUGAGAAUCAGUUCUUCCAGUGCCUUAAUUCUGUUAUUAGGCAAUAUGAGGAGGCAUCUACCUACCUACCCACCUAUGAAAACUGUAACAUUUCUAGAUAUUUAUCUAUUUUUAUUUAUUUGUAUAUUGGUGAGAAUUGGUAAUAUGAUUUCCUCAUAAUUCAGGCUUUCAGGUGUUAUAAUUUGGAGAAGACCUAUUAGCACUAAGAAAUUGGUACAUAAGCUAUUUAAUAUACAAAUAACCCAGAUGUUUGGGGCAGUGAGUUGUAUAGUAUUAAAGAUUUCAGCUAUCAGGCAUUUAGAGGUAAGAUAAUGGAUGCACAGGAAUAUCAACUCAUUAGAAGAAAAAGAUUUAUAGCUUCAGUUUUCAUUCUAGAAUGUGCAGUAAUAUUCAGGCCCCAGUCUUUUCCGUCAGUUGCAUAAAAAUACAUCCUUUGAUGCUUGCAUACAUUUAACAGAUGAUGCUCAAGUGUGUCAUGUUUGAGUUGUUAUUGUGCAAAAGAAUUAAUGGCCACUUAUUUUAAUUUCCUUUAUUUCCAUCCCAAAGAAUGAGUCUCCCAAGAGGGCUGAGAGAGAAGAUGGUUCUUGGCCCCUAGUAUUCUGUUAAUAGAUGAGAGAAGCAAUUUGUUCACUUUAUUCCACAGACUGUGCUCUGUGGUUUAUGGCUCAGUUUUAUCUGGCCAACUUAAAACAUAAACCUCAUCCUUAACAGUUUUCUACAUACACUGGCUUUCUGUUUUACUAGUACAUAAAACCAUUUCAGCAUAUCCAGUGGACACAAAUAUUGUGUCUGUUGAACUAUCUGAAAUUAUUCCAUUCCUUAUUUACAAGUGUUCUAAGACUCUCAAAAUAUAAAAUAUUGUACAUUUUGAAGAGUUUCUUUGUAUACAAUAUGAGUAGGAUUAUGAUGAAUGCAGAGUCUGCACUGCCCCAUAACAGGGCACUAGUGAAUGUGAUCAAGGCCCAACUAUUUAGGACUUUGAAUGGGGCAGAAAGCCCAGCCUCAGGUCAUAUUUUACAGUCAGUCUCGCACAGCUUCUAAGUUAAAUCAAAGUGUUUAUGAUAGUUAUAAGGUCAGAAUUUUACCUAAGUUAGGCCAAAAGGACAGUUUUUAAGGUUGCUGUCCCAAACCAUUUAUGUGUCUGUUUAUUUAACAUCCUCUGAAUGCCCAUGGGGUUCUGCAGCCCUGUACCAGAUGCUGAGAUACAGAAAGAAUAUUAGUCCUUAAUUAAUAAAGACUUGAUCUUUGUGUUUAUUUGGAGGUGGACUGCAAAUAAAUACAAAGAUCAAGAAAUAAGUACCAUCCUCAAAUACAAAGAUGAAAGCUAUUUUUAUUAUAAGCAUCACCCUAUUCUGCUCACAUUUAUCUCAAGCAUAAAGGCAUAUUCCCCAUGAUCACAGUGCUUCUUUGGCAAUAAAAAUAAGUUUGUGUUUUUGAAACUGUGAAAAAUAAUAUCAGGUUGUACUGUUUCAUUUAAACCUAGACAUUGGCAGUGUCAGGCUGCUUGGACUCAAUCAAUGCCAAGAUGUAGCAUGUUAAUUGCAACUGAGAAAGGAAGUGGCAGGUGUUUCCAACCCUGAUGAGCUGCAAUGAAAUUGAUGUUUUCUGCAUUCUGGAGGCAAAUGACAAUUCAGCAGUGUCUCUCUUCCCAGGAAGCAGAUUUACAGGCUUUUCCUUCCAAACUGAAAAUGGCAGCAUGCCCCACCCAGGUGGUUGAUCAGAGAACUACCUCAGCAGGGCAGAGGUGGCAGGGGGCAGCCGGGGCCGCCACAUGAACAGAGAGCAGCAGUCAUUGGAUGUGGUGAGCUCAAAUGUGGGAGUUUAUUGUAAUAAGAAAGUUCACAUACAGGGGAAAGUGUACGAUUUCAUCUGCUGUUUAUCUUCUAACCUCACUGCUGAGUAGCUUGUAAAAGAUUAAUUUGCUCCAACAAUUGGAAACUAUUCAUGUGGAUGGAAAUGUGUUAUUUGUGCACUGCUAUAGAUACUGAAAUGAACCAAAAAUAAAUGGUUUUGUGUCUCAGGAAUCAAAA